UAAAUUAUUUUGAUAUCAAUUUAUUGUGUGUAAAAUGGCCGGCGCAAGUGGUUGGAUAUUUACAAUAAGUUUUAUAUUGGCCGCCAAUCAUGUUUGUGCUCACAUACCAUACUCGUAUUAUAACUCCGCGGAACCGGACUCUCCAACUUAUGUGAACGUACAGCCUUCAAACAAGCUGAGUAGGCAGUCAGCUGCCUCCCGCCUGGCUGCCGUGCGCGCCGUGAUGAGUGAGAGACACGUAGACGCAUAUAUUGUGCCCACAGCUGAUGCACAUAACUCUCAGUACAUAUCCCCGGCGGACGCGCGUCGCGAGUGGCUCUCUGGUCUGCGCGGCUCGUCGGGCACGGCGCUGGUGACGGCUACCAGGGCGCUGGUCUGGACCGACGCCCGGUACUGGACGCAGUUCGACGUAGAAGUCGACGCCACUCUUUGGGACCUGAUGAAGCAGGGAGUUGAUGAUUCCCUGCAGACCUGGCUUGUGAACAACAUGGCGGAGUCGGUGGUGGCUGUCGAUCCUACCACCUACACUAGGAGUGCCUGGACUACUCUGGAAACGGCAUUAGCAGCACGUAACAUAACACUACAGGCUAUAUACGAGAACCUGGUAGACAUCGCUAGAACUAGGCUCAAUGACGGACCGCCUGACAGACUCAAUGAGGCCCUACUGCCUCUCACUCUGCAGUACACCGGUCAGCCAUCUUCCGAGAAGAUCUCGGAGUUAGUUCAACAAAUGAACACUAGAGGCGCCACUGUAUUGCUGCUGACUGCCUUGGACGAUAUAGCGUACACACUAAACGUUCGCGGUUCCGACAUACCGUUCAAUCCAGUGUUCUUUUCUUAUCUUGUGAUCAGGAGGAACCCGACAACGAAUUCUCUAAGCUCAGUAAUCCUAUUCUGGGACCAAGGAGUGUUAGCCACUAACAUCGCUGCUCACCUCGCGUCGGAAAACGUGGCUUUGCAAGCAAGGCCUUACGCCGAUAUAUUUAAUUAUCUUAGGAGUUUGUCGGUAGAACUGGGUGCAGGAGGUACCAUUUGGCUAUCAGACGAGGCGAGUCACGCUAUUGUUUUGGCUAUCGAGAACGGUCCAGCUAGAAUCCUGUCAACAUCAAUAUCACCAGUCGCAUUGAAGAAGUGCGUCAAAAAUGAUGUGGAGUUACAGGGCUUCAGACUAGCCCACAUAAAGGACGGCACGGCAGUAGUGCGCUCGCUCUACUGGGUCGAGAAGCAGGUCGCUGACGGAGUCAACGUCACUGAGGUCCAACUGUCCAAGAUGAUGGAGAAGCUUCGAGGUGAAGAAGAGAACUUCAUGGGUCCCUCGUUCUCCACCAUAGCUGGAGCCGGCGAGAACGGCGCGAUCAUCCACUACAGCCCACAGGAGGAGGGGCCGCAGCGAGUCAUCAGAGCUGAUGAUAUGCUGCUCGUCGACUCCGGGGGACAGUAUUUUGAGGGUACAACUGACAUCACACGGACGCGACAUAUGAGUGCGUCACCGACUCCUGCACAGCGGCUGGCUUUCACCAGGGUUAUGAAGGGACAGAUAGCGCUUGCCACUACAGUCUUACCCAGGGGUAUCUUAGGCAAUGUCAUAGAAGUCCUAGCCCGCAAAGCGCUAUGGGACGUGGGCUUGAACUACGGCCAUGGCACGGGUCACGGCGUGGGACACUUUCUGAACGUGCAUGAGGGGCCGAUAUGGAUCCUCAGUGGACCAACCGCUGAUGAUCCCGGCAUCGCGCCUAAAAUGGUCUAUAGUAAUGAGCCAGGGUACUACGAAGUGAACGAGUAUGGCAUCCGACAUGAAGACCUCAUGGAAUCCAUUGAAAUGAACAAUACUGUUAACCACAUCAGAGCGGGAGACUUAGUGGGUGACUUCGACGGUCGAGGAGCAGUCGGCUUCCACACCAUAUCCCUGGCUCCGCAUCAGGUCGCCUGCCUUGAUAUCGACCUGCUUGAUGAUUUUGAGAUUAAAUACCUGAACGACUACCACAACAGAGUAUUAGCAACUAUUGGACCAAUUCUGCAACAGAGGAAUCUGACAUCGGAAUAUGAAUGGCUGCAGAAGGAAUGCGCGCCAAUUGUGAGAAGUGCCGCCAUCUUGUGGACCGCAUCACCCAUUUUGGCGGGAAUCAGUAUUUUUGUUAUACGAUUUGGAUUUUAAGUUUUAUUCGAUGUGAGAAGAAUAUUGAAGAGUGCCUAUUUAUAUUUUUAAAAGAAAUCCAAAAUAAAGGUAAUAAUAAAAUAAGGGCUUUGUUGUGCCAGAAUAUUAUUUCGAUUCGUUCGCAAAUAAUAUAGCUAAGUACACUUGUCUUAUAUUGCUUUAAGAAUAAAGUUUUAUAUUUUUAUGACA